CUCGACGUUUAAUGGCCCAUGUCCACACUCAAUUCCUUCUUUCAUCUUUUCUUGCUCACCGCAUUCAAAUUCUGCCAGAUUUAUCUUCGCACUCAACAUUAGUGACGACAUUUGGCAAGUAACGCAUUGCGCAUUCAGCAAGAUGGGUCGCCGACCCAAUCCGAUAAUUGUCGAAUACUUCGAGCGCGGUCCGAAGUUGAAUGACAAUAGCAAUCGCUACCAUCAUAGGUGCAAGGCUUGUGGCGAAGAUUUUCCUAAGGGUCGCAGCGAUAGCUUGACCGCCCAUCUGCUUAAGAAAUGUCCUGCCAUUUCUCAAGCCGACCGAGUCAAUGUUUGCCUAGCAUUGAAUGGCCUGAACGACCCUGCAAAGCUCACGAACGCCACGAAUGGAAUGAAUGCUACGAAUGCUACGAAUGCCACUAGUUCCACUAAUUCCACGAAUCGCUCUCAAUUCGAUGGUCUCCUACACAAGGACUCUACUCACGGCCCGAUUUCCCCGUCUCUUCCGCCUGCUGCUCUUGCCCCUGCUCCCUCACUGGAGCAACCUCAAUCCCAAAUUUGGACGCCACUUGAGACGCUGGCUGAAGUGUCUCGUCAAUUCGAGGCUAAAGACAAGCAUGAUGACCACGUCGAGACAACCCACGAGCCUACCAAUGAUGUUCCAACAACGGCAUCAACUAGUGCUCCCAAUGCUCCUCCAGCCGCGGCAAGUGCUUCAAACACAUUCGAAGUUCAUGAACAGUUUACCCUCGAUCAUCCACCUACAACUGUCAGCGGUCAUCCCCAGAACGAUAAUGGAGAUGUCGAUUUACCAGAGAAGCCUCUGGAAAUUGCCGAAAAGCGUUUGCGAGAAGCCCUUCUCAGAGAAUUUCGUGGCCAUGACCAUGAAAAUGAGACACAUCUUGCUGCCCAGUCAGCGCUAUCGGUUGCAGCCGCAGCAGCAACCGCCCGCUUAAACAAUACCCAAAUCAUCGAUCGCCAGGUGGAUUACCAGAUGGAUCCCCAAUGUCUGGCAGAAAGGGCAACCCAAGAACAAGAAAGACAUGCCCAAUCAACAGAUAUGUUGAUUAAUUACCCACCUUCUCCGGAGACACAGCCGGCUUCUCAAGCGUAUUCAACCGCUUCGACCACACCUUGGGAUGGUAUGACAUAUAUAUCGGAGGAUAUUCAUGCACCAGCAACCGUCAACAAUCACGGUCACGGCUUAGUUGCAACAUUGAGCAAAGGUGGACGUCGUAUGAAUACGGAAAACAGCCAUCAUGGAAAACAUCAUCAUAGCCGAGCGCGUUUUGAUGAUACUCGACGAAAGCAAGUGCAAGAAGUCCGAAGAAUCGGUGCCUGUGCGCGGUGCAGGAUUUUACGAAAGAUAUGCUCACCAGGCACGCCGUGCGAAACAUGUAAAAAGGUCUCCACGCCGAGAGUGUGGAGAACUGAGUGCAUCCGUGCCCAGCUCUGUGAAGAUAUCGCUUUAUACUCGGCCGGGGUCCAGGCUGUCAUGUCCCAAAAGCGGAUUAACGGGUAUAAAAGUACCCAUGAGCUAGAAAACUGUGGGGUAGUAGUGGAAGUAUCCCACUUCCCUACUACUGGAAUUAAGGUCGCAUUUCAGGUUCUUAGAGGAGUGGCCAAGGAUGGUGGGGCAGAUAAUGCCACCACCCAUCGAGCCCUCCUCAUCGAUAACAACGCUGAGGAUAUCGCCGGGAAAGUAGAAAGUUAUAUGAGGGACGCUCUGCCGGAGCUUAUCCGGCAAGAACCAUCACACUACAUCCGAGUCACUCUUGACACGGCCGUGUCGGUUGCGACCCAGACCGGCGAUGAGCUCCUGAAGAAAGCCUUAGAGUUCUGGGGGGUUGUGGAGCUCAUGGACAGAGAGCGGCAGUGGACCAUGUGCGCGUUCUCACCAAACGGUGAUGGCGAAGAAUAUUGGAUAGACGAUACCGCCGAUAGCGAGGCCUACACCAAUAUUUGUUUACAGCUCACUGCGGCGGCGGAACGUAAAGCAUCCAUUGCUAGUAGGAGUUUGCUUAGCGAAAUCCAACGCCGCCUCCAAGAUGGGAAGAUUAAACAUGGGUUUCCCAUGUUCUUGGUCGUGAUACUCUUCCUGAACUGUAUCGAGAAGACGACUUGGGCUUUCAAGGUGUGGGAAGAGGAAAACCUUCGUCCCAAAUGGCCCUUGGAGAGACCGCCCGGCAAUUUCACAAAACAAGGACAGACACUCGCCGAUCUGCUGAGAGUGCUCCUCAAGGUCCGGAACUUCCUGCCCAAGUUAGUCGCUACAGAUCCGAAUUCUCCAAUCAGGGCCAUUAGAGAUGGUCGUGUGGUUGAGUACUUUCAGCAACUAAGAAUCACGCAAGCCUACCUCGAGUCUCGCCAAGAACCUGACAAUUUCCAGCCAGAAGAUUCUCGUUCAUUGGAGUUCUUAUACGGUUCCAAGAUUCUUCUUCCGGAAUAGAAAUCAAGACUCUUUCUACAUUCCUACCCUACCUACUAGGUACUAGAUAAACAUGAGGACAACGACGUCUCACGACCCUCACGAUGCUUACGCUAUACUAUCGACAAACCGCAUUUUCCCAUUUUUUCACCAUCGGCGUUACUUGGAAGACAAAAGUUACAGUUCUGACCAAGAUACCCCAUUUUCCGGUUUUUUCAAACUCCCUCAUCAUGACUGGAGGGAGAUUUGGCUUUUUCUUCGGCUUUGGCUUUGGCUUUGGCUUUGAAGCCUUAGGCUUUUCAGUACCCUCCCUUGGUCAUAAAUUGGCCUUGGGUGUGGGAAUAUGGUCCCAGAUUCAUUACGUACUCACUAAUUGACGUAUUGCCCCCCUUUCCCCCAAAUAUUAUGAUGUGUUCUUUGGUUGUGAUUAAUUGUGCGCGUGAUUAUAGUAAUAGAAACAGUAGGUUUCUCGUACGCUAGACAAGUUCCUG